UGUGUUCACAACUGCUGUGUUUCGGCUCGUUCUUGUUUACUGCAGCUGAAGACUUUGCCUCUCCACUGUUAUUGCUAUACUCUCUGUGAUAUUAUAGCUUUACACACCACCACAGACAUUACAGACUUUGACCAACUAUUGAGAAAGGGAUGAUCCAGUCUGUAUUAAGUAGGUGUCGUUAUUUUUCAGCCCUCUCCCACCUUAAUUAUCUGAAAAAUAACAUUCAAGUACAGAGGUCAGUGGGAGGGGGGAAAUCUGCUUGUGCUUGCCAGUGGAAUCGAUACUGUAGACCUUACAUGGGUUUGGAAUGAGGGGCAUUAGACUCACAGCUAUUCCAGUGCCAAGAAAUACGCAGCUAAAAUUGGCAGCUCAGAGAUGUGUAAUACACAAACAGGGUCUGGAGUGUUGCAAGUGUUCAAGCGCUUUCAAGUAUGUUGGGUAAACGACUAUCUGUUUCCAUGGUUAAAAGAAAAAAAAAAAAGCAGAGAUUCUGCCGUGUCCCUCCAAGGAUUCUCUAAUUCAAGUGCCUGGUUAAUGUGAGCAGAGCUGACUUCCAGCAAAAACGCUCCCUGGCUCUGAUGCUGUGGGGCACAGCAAAGUGUUCUCCUUAUCUGAAAACAAUACUCUGUGGAAAUGGUGUGCAAUGUUGUCUGGCACCCUGGAGAUCUCCACACUCUGAGGAUCACCAGCAGCUGCCUGCAAGCAGCAAUGUUCUGGGGGGCAAAGACGCUGUGGCUGCUCCAGAGAGCUCCUGAGUGGGACAAAGUCCUCGUGUUGUUUUGUCCAUGCAGCAAGAGGGGAGGCAGGCACUGGAGCUUCCUAUCCCAUACAGAGUAAGGGAGCAAAAGGUGGAUCUGGCUGGUGCAAUGCUGUGCUUCAGAUUUGUUUCAGGAGUGGCCUGAAGUAUUUAUGUGCCUGUUAGUAAAUAAUUGGCACACUGUAUAGUUAAAGGAAAAGAAGAUGAAGCCCAUCGUCCAAAGAAGGCGAUCUACACCUUCUGCCAUUACGAAAGCUCUUGGCAAGUCAAAACACCAUUCCAGGGAAACUACGCUCUCUUCUUCCCAUUCAGACAAUGGGCUGCCAAGUGGGAUCUUUAGCAACCCAGGUUCCACAUUCAUCCUGGAUGAGCGAGUACAGCUAACCGUGGGCUUGCAGACUCAGGAGAGACAUUUGAUCUUGUUCAGUGAUAUGCUGGUCAUCGCCAAGUCCAAGUCUUCCUCCAGCCUGAAGUUCAAAAAGCAAGUGCAUCUGAGUGAAGUUUGGACUGGCACAUGUCUCAGUGAAGUAACAGAGAAGAAGAUGAGUCCUGAGAAUUCAUUUGUUAUCGGCUGGCCUACCAUCAACUAUGUCGUCACCUUCAGCUCAGCUGACGUAAAGAAGCAAUGGCUGUCUGCAUUACUGUGGCAUAUCAGUGAAAUGAAACAGAAAGAAUAUCUGAAGAACCUAACCCUUCAGAUCUUUGUGCUGGAUCCUGAAAACUGUUCUUCUACCACCACAGUCAAUGUGUCCAAUGUGGAAACUGCAGAGAGCGUGAUGAAGAAGACACUUGUCCAGCUUGGACUUCCUGAUAGGACAAGUGACUACCAUCUCUGGGUGAUCUCAGGAAAAGAUGACCCUGCUUACCCUCUCAUUGGGCAUGAACAUCCAUUCAGCAUCGCGUUAAACUGUCUCCGGGACUCUGCUGACCAGCAACAAGGAACUCACAGUCACACCCUCCUGCUUGAUGGGACAGAGGCAUCCUUCACCGAGCAGCUCCCAAAAGAGAAACAAUGUCAGUUUGUCCUGAAACCCAGGCUCCAAGCUCCAGUGCAGCUGAGGAGGGAGUCACUGCAGAAGCACACCAAGAGGAAGAAGUCUUUGAUUGACUGGGCCCUGCGGCGCAGCACCAGUGCACCCACAGACAGCCCUCCUUCACAGUCACCUACCACCCCACAGAAACUCUUCGGCAUGUCUCUGUCCUCUGUCUGCCCUGACGGGAUCCUUCCCAAGCCAAUCAUGGAUAUGCUGUUUCUGCUGUACCAUGAAGGUCCCUCUACUAGGGGCAUUUUCAGACGUUCUGCCAAUGCCAAGACUUGCAAGGAAUUGAAGGAGAAGCUAAACUCUGGAGAUGAUGUCCGGGUGGAUGGAGAGUCGGUCUUUGUGGCUGCAGCUGUCAUCACGGAUUUUCUCCGAAAUAUACCUGACAGUGUUCUAUCCUCAGACAUGCACGGACUGUGGAUGGAAGCUGUGGAUACAGAAAAUCGGGCACAUAAGAUUGAAACUAUCAAAAGCUUGGUCAGUCAGCUCCCAGAGGCCAACCUGGUCUUACUCAGACACCUCUUUGGAGUCCUUCAUCACAUUGAGCAGAAUUCCGUUGUGAAUCAGAUGAAUGCGUUUAACCUGGCUCUUUGCAUAGCACCCAAUAUGCUGUGGCUACCUAGUCCCACAGGGCCCGAGGAGGAAAGCAGGUCUACAAAGAAGGUAGCCAUGUUAGUACAGUUUCUGAUUGAAAACUCGGCAGAGAUUUUUGGAGGUGACAUUGCUUCCUUGUUUCAAAGACCGGACACAAAUUCCACAAACUCAGAGAGAUCUCUGGGCAUGGCUCAGAAUGAUGACUCCUCUGAUGAACUGGAAUUCUCUGCUUAUGACCUGGAAAGACCAAAGCAUUGCCUGAUAUCUAAAACAGAUGACGUUUUUGAACCACCCGGUGGCUUGUUACUCGAAGAGCAAGAAGACUGGGACUUGUUCAGUGAGAUCACAGCCUGCUACCAAAGCAAAACCCAGAAGAAUGCCAGUGCAGACAGCUACGAGCUCUUAGAAGAGGAGGGUUCCUUCUGCUCCAUAGGCUCAAUACGCUCACUUAGCCCAGCCAGGGACCGGUGCUCAUCAGAGCCCAGUGUCUGUCUUAGCUCCCAGCUUCCUGCUCAGAUCCAUGAGCCAGUGGCUCGCCAGUCUAGCUGUGAUGCCACCAUCAUGCACAGUCACACAGGCUACAUCCACAGACUUAAGCAACUGCAAGUGGAGAGCCAGAAGUUGAUUGAUGAAGGCCUUAGCACUGGGGCUAAUAAAGCCAGGCAGAAUUUGUGGCAGUCACCUCAGACCAGCUCUAAGGUAAAGAAGCCCAGCUUUCAGAAAUCUAACCUGUCCAACAGGUCCAGCUUCUCUAGCCUGUCCUCUACCACUACAUCUCCAUCUGCAUCCUCACUUAGCUCCCUAGACAGUGCUUUCUCAUACUGUUCGGAGUCAUCAGCUGUUAGUCCUACAGAUGUCUCCUCCCUGUCAUUUAUGUUUGGCACAUCUGCCAGGCUUCAUGCUGUGUCUCCCAAGGUUCCCAGGAAGUCCCCAAAAGAGUGGCACAAGUCCUUCACUUCUCCUGUGCCUUUACAGCCAUGUGACCUAGACAGUUUCUGUGACUAUGAACCCAAGGCUGUAGAGAGCAGACAUUGUUCUGGGGAGAGGAAAAGCUUUCUUUCUGGCAGCAGAGCUGCAGUGGGGAGCCCAGUAACUGACACUGACUGGGAAAAGGAGGAGAGACAGCUGAGAUUUGUGGGGGUGCCUGAUCUGAAGUUCCAAAGCCUGGAUUAUCCCAAUGAGCUAGAACAAAAUUCUGAGCCUUCACCUGAUGACCUAGCCAGCAAGAAAUUCCUGCAGAUCAACCAGCAGCAGCACAGGGAGAAGGUAGUGAAGCACAUUGAAAUCAGAAGUGUUGAUGCCUGCUCUCCAAGCCAGGAAGGCCUGAAGCGCACCAAGAUAACUUUUUACAUGGCCCCAAAUAAAGAAUAUUACUGGGGAUUGCCAGUGGAAGAGGAGAGGUCCUCGGCAAAUACCAGCAGCCCUAAUGAGCAAAGCACAUCUAAAGGCUUGCAGUCUGUGAGAGUCCAUAUCCCCCAGACAGUGUUUUAUGGGCAGAAUACACCCCUCGUUCUGCAGUCUGCCUCCAGGCAGCUCCACUGUGAAUCAACGAUCCUGUCCUCACGAGCAAGGCACAAAGAGAACUUCCACAAUGCCUCCACUCCGAAGGAGCUGGAGAGCAAGCCAGUGGGGGAGGUACCGGUGCCAAACCCCAGCGAGGGGAUCAACACGUUCAGCCACACCAUCCAUAUCAUCCUCCCUGCUUCCAUUCAAAGCACCGUCAGGGAAUAUUUCAAACAUGAUGAAACCAAGACCUGUCCCAUGGCUGAGGCAGAAGCAGUGGAGAAUGAACUUGUUCGGAGCAGGAUGGAGUGGCUCAGGAGGCGGCCACUGUCAGAAAUGGCUGCUGAGGAAUGUGAUGCAGUGGCGUUUGCGGAAGAGACGUUUGUCUAGGGAGAGGGCUGUGGGAGGACUGAAUUUUGUGUGCGUGGGUGUAUGAGCAGCAGAAAAUAUUCUGAUCAAGGUGUGAAGAAUCUAGUGGGCUGUGUUGAGCAGUGAGCGUAAAGUGGCACUAAUGUGUAUGUAAUGUUGGGGUUUGCAGUUCAUUUUGGUUGGGUUGUGAGUGGUGUUCUUUUUGUUACAUUCUUUUUCUACUUGAGAUACUUCACCAAGGGGACUGAUUGCCACCAGCCUAUCUCUGAAUUUGCUGAGGUUAUCUCUUUUUGAAGCAGAAAAGGAGAAACUCUGCUUUAUUUUCUUCAGUCACUGAUGUGUACAGAUGACUGCAGAACAUGGGCAGCAACUUUUCCAGCAGAAUUAGUUAAAUUUUAAGCUUGCAUAAAUAGCUCCGCUGUUCCCUGAUCAUCAUCACCAUUCA